AUGUCAGCAGUUUUCUUAGUGUUUACUGCUGUUGCUUUCCAUGCGUUGUCUCUAGGCUCCAUAGAGGCCAUAUCGUCUAUGUCUAUAGACCUAGGAACGGAGUUUAUGAAAGUUGCAGUGGUUUUGCCCGGAAAGCCCAUGGAAAUCGCUCUUACUCCCGAUUCCAAGCGAAAAACUUCAACUGCAAUCGGCUUUAAAAACAAUGAGAGGUUAUUUGGCAGUGAUGCUGUUAAUUUGGCUUCCAAAAAUCCUGAAUACGUAUUCCAAUCUAUUCCAUCUCUUCUUGGGAAGUCUAUUGAUCAUCCAGUGGUGAAAUUGUUUCAAGAACGUUAUCCUUAUCACAAUUUAUCUUAUGAUGCUACAUCUGGGCAACUAUUUUUCACUCGUAAGGAUGGGGUGAUAUUUUCGGUUGAUGAACUGGUCGCUAUGCUUCUUGAAUACGCCCACAAUUAUGCUGAGCUAUAUGCUGGUUCCAUUAUCAAGACUUGUGUAUUGACUGUACCUAGUCAUUUUAGUCAGUCUGAGAGGCGUCGCUUGAUACAGGUGUCUGAAAUGGCUGGCUUAAAUGUUCUCCAAUUAAUUAAUGACAAUUCUGCAGUGGCUCUGAAUUUCGGUUUACUCCGUUUUAAAAGUUUCAACGAAACACCUCAAUAUUACGUAUUUUUUGAUAUUGGUUCAAUGAGCACAACCGCAACCUUAGCAGCAUACACAUAUGGAAAACACAGAGAUGGGGAUGUUGUUGGAGAUUUUCCAAUGUUGAGAAUUGUUAAUGUCAGUCAUGAUUCAACAUUUGGCACACAGGCUUUCAUUUAUCGGAUAAGAGAUCAGUUAUUAGAAAAAUUCUGUGAAACAAAGAAAUUCAAUAAAGAACAUGUGAAAAAAAAUCAUCGAGCUAUGUCUAAAUUGACUAUAGAAGCUUCAAAUGUCCUUACCAGACUUAGUGCGAAUUCGGAAAUAUUCGCCCAG